UUCCCAUGCAUAGUUCGGUUGGCCUCUCUCUCGAUAUAAACACCACCGGGAGUUUCCGAAAAAUCACAUUCAGCCGUGAAGACUGAACAAUGGUUAACAUGAGCUAUCACCAAUUUUUACUAAAAUAUCCACAUUCGAGUUCGAGACAGUCGAGAAGGCGAGCGAAUAAAAAAAAAAGGAACUGUUGGGACAAGCUAUCUCCAACAAAUUGGCAGACUUGAUUAACAGAGACUUUCUCAAAAGGUCCAGUGUGAACCGUGUGGCCGAGUACCUGUGUGUUGCGACUGACUGGCGAGAUGACUGCCGAGUGGCUACACCUACCCCCGCCAUACCCCCCUGGUGUGGGGCCGUUGUGUGGUGCAGAGUUGGAGGCGUGGUAUGAGGACCUGCAGGAUAUUCUUGGCUCCGACACGGGAGGGGCAAAACUGGCACGUGCCCCCACAUGCACCGAGAAAGAGCCAGAGUUUCUGGAUGUUCUGGAGAGUUGUUCUCUGACGUGGCUGACGGACGGAGGCCAGACGUGGGGCGAGGGUGUCCAGAGGACGAAAGAGGAGAUUCACAACCCCCAGCCUCUGCAUCACACCUCUUCCUCAUCCUCCUCUUCUUCUUCUUCCUCCUCCUGCAUGAGUCCAGCUGUUGCAGAAGAGCGGCAGACGGAGGCUGAGAGUAGGAGAAGGGGCGAUGGCUCGACAGGAGGCGGCAGUGAUCUGCUGCCUCCAGAGUUUUUCGAGUUGCUGAGUGAAGGAGGAGUGGGAAUGGUGGAUCCGAGUGGAGCGGUGAUCAGCGGAGGCUAUUAUUACCACCACCAUCAACACCACCAAGCUAAUAAUGUCCAUCCCGCAUCUCCCUCAGCCAGCGAGGAGGAACUCCCCUGUGUCCCAGAUUCUCCAUCCUGCUCCUCCUCAGCCUCCCAGUCGCCAUCUCAAACUUGUUCUUCUCCCUCCUCACCCGUCUCUUCACCCUCCGCCUAUACGUCCUCCUGCCUAGGAAAACGCAAGCGGACCACCAGCGAGAGGAGCAACAGUGCCUUGUCCUCUUUCGCCUCCUCCACACAGCACACAUCUUCAUCCUUCUCAGCAGCCAAAAAGAGUCGCAAAGAAAGAGAGCAGGACAACGAGAGGAAGGUACAGGAGCUGACGGAGCAGAACGAGCACUUGAAAGCAGAGAUUGACAGGCUGGGAGAGGAGGUACAGAGGACACGUAGAGCCCUGAUAGAGAGACUAGUUAACACCAGGAAAUGAGGAGAAAGUGAAAGACGGGAAUAAAAGAUGACAGGUCCUAA